CCGCAUUAAGUUGUCAAAAUUUGUGGGAAUAGGAAGUGCGUGACAGUCGAUUCAAAACUUAUCACAACUUACCAGCAGCAACAAACAAGCAACGGACGGAUAAUUCUAAACCCUGGUGGAGAGAAUAUACAUAGUACAUAUCAGCUUAGACGGGAUCUUAUGUACGGAACAUAACGGAUCCGAUCAGAUCGGAUCAAAUCGGGACAUUCGGUGCAGUGAAGUCAAGUGGAACAAACAAAAAUAUCCAGCAAUAAAUUCAUAGUUUUUAUAACGACAAGUUUACUGCCGUUUAAUGCGCACAGACUAAUAUUAUUUUUAUGCGAAUCAAAACAAAUUAAUCCGCUGCAGGGGCCAUGCAAAUUGAUCCCCCUGAUCGGUAACGGCAUAGGAAUCAGAAUCAGAAUCGGAAUCGGAAUUUUAAUCUGAAUCAAUCUCAAUCUGUAAGCUGGAUCGGCAGACCUGUUAAUAGUUUAAUUAGCGGCCAUAAAUAAUAACACAAAGAUUAAUUGAUUUUCGUCAUAAAUCAGUAAAUAACCAAUCAAUUUUCAAGCGAUUGCGAUACCGCAUACCCGCCAUACCCGCCAUACCACAUACCCGCCCCUAUCCAUACCGAUCCAGCCGAUCGGUUCCUUUCCUUUCCAUCAAGUGCAAUCAGUAAACCCGGUCGUUCGGUCGGUCAGUUAGAGACACAUUUUCAAAGUGCUGAAAUGAAACUAUUUACCAACAAAAACCAGCGCAAUGCAAAGCUGCUGCGAUGUGCUGCCCUGGGAAUGACCCUGUUGUUCUUCGGGUCGCUCAUUCUGGUAUCCGAUCCGGUGCAGAGUAUCCUGGAUGUGCAAUUGACCCUGAAGCCUGGCACCUUGCUCUACCGCUUGUGGCUCGAUCCCCCCAUCGAUGUGUACAUCAAUGUCUACAUGUUCAACUACACCAAUGCGGAGGCCUUCAUGGAUGGCACGGCAGCCAAGCUGAAGAUCGAAGAGGUCGGUCCGUAUGUGUACCAGGAGGUGCUCACCAAUCACAACAUAACCCUGAACGAGGCCAACAACACGAUAUCCUAUUCGCCGCGACGCGAGUACAUCUUUGUGCGGGAGCGGUCCGUGGGCGAUCCGAAGGUCGAUCGCAUUCGAGCGCCCAACAUUCCCCUGAUGGGAGUGACCACCAUGGCCGCCAGCCUCUCGAUGUUCGCCUCGCUCGGGCUUAGUGCCGUGGCCAAGCGCCUGAAUGCGCAGCCCAUACUGGAGAUGACGGUCCACGAGUACAUGUGGGGCUACGAAGAUCAUUUGGUCGAGCUGGCUGCCAAAUUCGUUCCCAGUUGGAUUAAUUUCGAGAGUUUUGGCAUCAUGGAGAAGCUUUUCCGUGAGGGAAACGAGAGCAAUGUUGUGAACAUGUAUCUGCCAGAGCUCAAGGAUAAAUACGGCGUCAAGUUGCCCGACUCUCCACGUGCCUACACGCUGGACAGCAUCAAUGGAGAGCGUGGAUUCUCGCGCUGGGAGUACGAUGAGCAGACCAAUGGCACGAUGUGCAAUCGCAUCUGGGGAAGUCACGAUGCCACCCUCUUCCCGCGGGACAUGAACGAGCAGGACGCGUUCUAUCUGUACCGACGCACCUUCUGCCGUCGGCUGCCCAUGCGGUUCAAUAGCACCCGGAGGUACAACGGCAUCGAUGCGUACGAGUUUGUGAUGGCUGCGGAUGUCUUUGACAGUGAGCUGGGCAAUCCGAAUUCCUCGUGCUUCUGCAAGAACAAUCGCUGCCUCAAGAAGGGCGUCGGCAGUGUCUCGCCCUGCUACUACAACCUUCCACUGGCCAUCACCUUUCCACAUUUCAUGCACGGCGAUCCUAGCCUGCUGGAACCAUUCGAGGGUCUUAAACCGGACGAGUCCCGCUUCGGCUCUUCCUUCGUGGUGCAACCACAACUGGGAGCUCCCAUGCAGGGCACCCAUCUGCGACUGCAGGCCAAUCAGGUGGUGGGCAAAGUGAACUUCAACAGCCUGAUGGAACCCUUCGAGGACAUGGUGCUGCCGCUGCUGUGGGUCGAUCUCAACAUCGACGUGCUCUCGUUCAGCCUGCGGAUGCUCAUUCACGGCAUCAAGUGGGGCUUCCACCUGCUGCAGUGGACUGCCGCCCUGGGAAUGCUGCUGGCCGGCGUUUACCAAUUGUGCACGGCCCUAUUGGUUUGCUGCUGGCCCUCGGCCAAUCAGCAGCAGUUCCUCAAGGUGGAGCAGGCCGAGAAGGGAGGUCGCCCCGGCGGUCUGACACUCCGCAAAUCCUCGGCUGUGGCGACGCUGCAGGUGGAGCAGGAGGAGCAGCAUCUGCUGUCGGACGGCAGCAGUAUUAAGCCCAAGCCCCUGCCAGCAGAGGCUUAGCCACAGGCGACAGGACUCAGAAGAAGCGGAAGAGUACGAGGAGGACGAGGGGAUGUUCCAGGCGACGCUGAGACUUGGCGACGGAACGGAUCCCCACUGUGAUAUUAUGAGUUAAGAUUCCGUGUAAAUUAUUUGUGCUCAUUGGAAACAACUUAGGGAACAUUCUAUGCUUACGUAAUAGUUAACGAUAACGAUAACGAUAACGCUAGGGGUACAGUUACUUGUAGCGUAUGCGAUAAAUACAGGUCGAUAGCUAUAGCUACAA